AUGCCUGAAUGUUGGUUUUAUUCACGAUAUGGGGAAUGUAGUAAUGAAGAUUGCAUGUAUUUACAUAUUGAUCCCGAGAGCAAGAUCAAAGAAUGCGCAUGGUACGCGAGAGGAUUCUGCAAGCAUGGUCCCAAUUGCCGUCACAAACAUGUGAGAAAGGUUUUAUGUCAGGCUUAUCUAUCCGGAUUCUGUCCGAAAGGACCCGAGUGCCCAAAUGGACAUCCAAAGUAUGAACUUCCAAGCGUACAACGCGACUUUGAUGGGACUGAAGAUGACAUAAUGAGAGGUGUUGAAAUGGAAGAGAAGUUACAUGUUUCAAAUGUGGUCAAAAGGGACAUUUUGCUAACAAGUGCCUUAGAUCGGGAAGAGGAUAUAAUGCUGGUGGAGACAACCGAUUACAACACUAGCAAGAAUAGCGGACAAUAG